GUAGUAUGAUCCACAGAGCGAAAAGUCUGGUGGUCUGCAGCUGCUUUGGAAAGAGAAGAUCUGGAGAGAGGGAGGAGAGGAGAGAGAAAGUGACAGGAAGCACAGAAAAGAGAAGGAAUAGGGUGUCCAAAAUACAACAUAACCAUAUGGUGGUCUUUAAAGUGGAAAAGUGAUCAGAAAAGGGCUAAUCUAUAACUUUUUGAAAGGAAAAACAUUUUUUAAAGACUCCAUCAUGACAACGUUACCAGCAGAGACGGGCCUUGAAGAUGCCAACAAUCAAAGUUUCUGGAUGCCGGGAAACUACCACCGGACAGUGAAGCGGACCGACGAUGCCUUCCAAGCAUGUAAUGACAUAGUGGCAUGUUUCCAAGAAAGGGCCAGGGUUGAGAGGCAGUAUGCUCAGCAACUGAGCGAGUGGAGUACCAAGUGGAAGCCCCUAGUGGAUGCCAGUCCUCUCUACGGCUCUCUUUUGCGAGCAUGGCAGUGUUUCCUCUCAUCCGCCGAUCGCCUCUCCUUACUUCACUCCUCCAUCUGCCGGGCUCUGGUGUCGGAGGACGGAGAUCGCAUUCGGACGUGGCAAAAGGAGACUUUCCAUAAGAAGAUGUUUGGUGGUUUCAAAGAGUCCCAGGAUUUUGAAACAGGCUUCUCACGUGCCCAGAAACCCUGGGCCAAGAGACUGAAGAAGCUAGAGAAGGUCAGGGCAUCGUUUCACAAAGCGUGCCGAAAGGAACACAUGGCACGGGAGCGGGAAGCCCACUCCCAAGGCAACCCCGACAUCGCUAUCGAGAAACAGAGGAAGAUCCAGGAGGAGACAGAACUGGCCCACCAGGAGACUGAGAAAGUACGAGCACGCUAUGAGAAGGUUCUGGAGGAGGUGACACGUUACGCUCCUCGCUACAUGGAGGAAAUGGAGUCUAUCUUUGACCAGGCACAGGAGGAGGAGAGGAAGAGGAUAAGUUUCCUUAAACAGGCUUUCCUGUCGAUCCACAGACACUUAGAUGUCACCAACAACGAUAGUGUAAAAGCCGUGUAUAAUGAGCUUCAUAACAGUCUGAUGUCCAUCAAUGAGCAGGAUGAUUUACGCUGGUGGAAAAAUACACAUGGACCAGGCAUGCCCACCGACUGGCCUCAAUACCAGGAGUGGAUUCCAGACAAGAAGAAUAAAAGGGGAAAGAAGGAGGUGGAGCAGAAGGCAGCAGUGAUGGAGAGAAGUGUAAUGAUUGGAGGAGUGAGAGUCAGGGCUCUCUAUGACUAUAUUGGACAGGAAACAGAUGAACUGUCAUUUAAAGCAGGUGAAGAGUUUUUGAAGAUUGAGGAUGAGGAUGAUCAGGGUUGGUGCAGAGGCAUGAUGGACGGAGGAAAAGAGGGCUUGUACCCGGCCAACUAUGUAGAGGUGGUGUAAAAGCACAGGACAGUGUUCAAGAGGAUAUUCAUUUGAGCCCCUGUCUGUGAAUGAAUCCAGCUAUAUCAUGGGGUCCUUAAAUGCCUACAGGUGCCCAGGUUUAUGCCUGUUUAACAGCCAUUUUGAUUGAAGUUUGCUUUGUUUUGUCUAAAUGGGAUGAUGGAUGUUAUGCAGAUGUGUGACGUUUGGGAUGAAACAUGCUUUGAAAAGUGCUUUUGACCUAAAUAUUACUUGAGAAAAUGUUAAUAUUAUAUUUUUUGUGUAUCAUCCCUGCUGGAAAGACCAUCCUAGCUGGUCACCAACAUACAUUGUGUUUUGGAUGCUGUUUUUCUCUCAGGCUGUAAAAAUAUUUUUUUGCACUUAAAUUUUUUAUCAACUUGGAUUUUCAAGUCUGUAUUUAACUGUAUUGACUAGUGAUGAGUUGCUGUAACUUAUACAAUUAAGUUGACAUAACUAAAGCAAAUUUAACUUAAUGAAAUAAGUUACAGCAACUCAAUAUUGUCAAGUUGAAAUGACUUAUAAAUCAUAGUUAAUUUAACUUAAAAAUUGCAAUAUAUAUAUUUUUUUACAGUGUAGCUUAACCAGCAAAACUUACCAAAACAAACUAAUUUUUGCUGUCACUAGCUAGGCAUCCAUUGACUAGCAUAAUGAACACUAUCAUUCUGAAUCUGGCCUAUGAUGGGCUUUUCAUCAGGGAUGGCUUUAAUGGAGAGACUUUUAUAUGUUAUUUUUGGAAUAGAUACUGAGAUCCUCUAAUAUAUAGAGAGAAUAUGAGGUGUAUUGUCUCAUUGCAUGAAUAUACACAUUGUCAGAUAUCAAUCCUUGAGUAUUUUGAGAAGAAAGUUUCACACCAAAGAGUUUAGCACUUAUUUACAUUUUAUUAUUUACGUAUUUCUUAUGGUGACUCACAUUAUGAGAAGUAUAUAACUUAAUAUCUGAUGCCUGUGUAAAAAUGGCCAGAUGGUUAUUAAUGUGAUCUACAGCUACAAAUGCAUUAAAUAUGCUAACUGAUGUUGAUAUCAUAUGUUACAUGCUUUAUAUGUUCUAUAUAUUAUAUAUGUUUGUUUGUUAUUAAGUAUUGCUUGUUUUACAUUUAGUAAUUACACAAAGGCAGUAUUAAUCACCACCCAUUUAAAGUGAGACUCAUGGAGACCUUAUUCAUUUCUUUUAGAUGUAAAAUGUCAUAGCAUCCACACAUGACAGUGAUGUUGAUUUGUAUGAGUACAUUUAUGCCCCAUCACUACUUUAUGCAAACACUAGCAGUAUUAAAAGGGAUACAGAUUAGUAUUUUUGUGAAUCCCUUUAUUACACAUAUAUUAUAAAUAUGCACAAUUUAUUAUUGCAAUUCAUAUUUCACUCUGUGGAUUUCCUGGGGCCAUGUUUCACAACUGCAUCUACAAAUAUAUAGGACUGUUAAUAAAUAUUUGUGUGUGGA